UCGUCAUCGGCUUCGUCAACUCACACACACAACCUCCGCCACCCCCCUAACACACUUAGACACACACACACUCACACACAGUCUAGCACCAGCGACAGAAGUCUUCGCCUAUUUAGGGGGCCCAGACGUGCAGAUCAACGAUUCUUGGUGAUUAUAGAUUGAGGUGACUGUGCGAUUUUUUGGUGAAUUGAGGUUUCAUGUUCAAGUUUUCUGGACGAAUUUUCUUGAUCUGUUUGAUUAUUUAGCAAUGGAACAAGAACAAGCUAUAGGAGCAAAAAGGGUCUGGGAAUCUGUAAAGUUAUAUACUGUCAAGUGCGCCAAAUGUUCAAAAUGGAGGCUCAUCCCAACAAAGGAAAAGUAUGAGGAGAUACGGGAAAGGAUCGUAGAACGAUCUUUCCUAUGCGAUACAGCACGUGCGUGGCGACCUAAUGUCUCUUGCAAUGAUGAAUCAGAUGUUAAGCAGGAUGACAGUUUCCUUUGGGCUAUGGACAAGCCGAGAAUUCCCCAAACUCCUCCUGGCUGGCAACGAAUUUUACGAAUCAGAGCUGAAGGUAUUAUGUCGCCCCAUCUAACAAAAGAUUACGUUCUAUGGUCGAACUUAGCAGGUACAUUAAUGAGCAUCCGCAUCUAUGCGAAGGCGUCAACAUCUCGCAAUUCUCGUUUCAGCCCCCAGUACCAUUGGAUGAGAAAUACAUUGCAAAACGAGCCCGUUCUACCACCCAUGACACAAGCAGUACUCCUGCAGCAGGGGCUUAUCAUGCAUUACAGACUCAAAAUGAUAGCUCUCGGGUGCUGGAGAGUGCAACUACUGAGGCUAAAGCUCCUGCUCAAAGUUGAGGAUAUCGCUUCACCCAAGAUGCUUCCACCAACAAGGAGAUGGACAGCAUACACAAACCAUAAGCUCGGACUUGAAAGUAUUUGAAGUAUACAAAUAGGAGCGUUCAUCAUAUUCAUAUUCAUAUUCAUAUUUAUGGUGGAAUUUAUGUUUGUAAAGUAGGUGGAAUUACUCUUUCCAGAAACUUAUUACAGUUUUGACUUCUGACUUGUGAAAAUUGUGAAUUU